GACCAGGCGAAAUUCGGAAUAUUCAUCCACUGGGGCAUUUACUCGGUACCGGCGUUCGGAAGUGAAUGGUUUUGGAUGAAUUGGAGAGGAGAAUUAUCUGCUCAGAGAAGAAGAAGCUCAGUAUAAUCGUAACAAAGUUUAUAAAUUAUUUAGUGAGCAUCAUACUAAGAAAAAUUCUAGAACGUAUCAAAAUGAAGAAUAUGUUGCUUGUAUGGUCAGAUUCACUGAUAUCUCCAAUCAGAAAACCACAACAACAAAAUAUCAAUGAAAAAUAUCAUUACUUAUAUUUACUGAUAAAGAAAAUCCAUUAUAUAUAAGCAAUACAUCCAGUAUGUCCAGAUACAAGUGAUACCGUAAAAUGAGGUGAAUAGGAAAACAUUUUGAAAAAAAUGUAGUCAAAAUGAUAAUAACUUGAAUUUUCAACUUUUUGUGAUUGUUACUAUUUUAGUUUGUUUAGUGAAAAGCGUACAAAGACUGAAAAUAACACAAUGGUAAUAUUUUUAUUAUUAAAACAUGUUUAAUAGUAAUUAUUGUGAAAUAUUUAUAUUAAAAAGGUUUAUAUGGUGUACAGGCUAUAAUAUGCGUAAAAUUAAAAAAAUUGAAAUCUCUGCAAGCUAAACAAAUGUUUGGGACUACUGAACGGCCGUUAAUUCAAUGAAUUAAUUGACGAUGACAUAUAAUACAACAGGUCCAUAUUGCUUUUUAUGAGAAAAUUAAAUAUUUUAAAACAUUAUUAAUAUUUAUUUAAUAAUCGGUUAUUAUUACUCCAGUCAUAGAUAAAAAAGUAUUCUUUCAUUAUCUAUGACUCCAGUAGCCUAAUGCAACCAACGAUCGACAGUUCGAUAACCGUAUAAAGUUGUCAUUAAAAAAUAUCUAAUGAAUUGUAAUAUAAUUUUUUGAUGUCGUAAGAAAUAAAUUAACGGGAACGGGUAGCAAUAAAAUGAAUUGGAAUAUUUAAGUUAUGGUUUUUAAUAUAAUAAUUCAAUAAGUAUAUAUUUAUAUAUAUUGACAUGGCACGCUUGUUAUGGUCCUCGAUGGGUUGCCGGUCAAAAGAAAUAACUACUCGAUUGGUUAUUAUAUUGAACAGAAUUGGUGUAUAUUAAUUUUAUAAUCAUUCGAUGAAAAAAACACAAGAGUUCUAUGAGCACUCUUCGUACAAAGAUAUGUUAAUCAAAAUACAAAAGAACAGUCGAAGACGUUUCGGUGUUGUGCAGAAUGGAUCGGAACCGAAGUAACCGGUGGUGGUUGUCAGUAAAAAUGUCACUGGUUUUCGGCAACUAUCCCCUCCUUUGUCCGGAGUAUGAGGUCGGUGGGUUUUGCCGAACCGGUGUUAUCGCCCGGGUUGUAUCUGGGUAAAAAGCGAGCGCAGGUCCGCGAUAGUGGUGUACAUAUUACUUAUUGUAUUUGUUUUGCUCACUUUAUUGUGUAAUAUUGUUGUAAAUCUGCUAUAUUUGCCAUACGUUAAAUAAAUAGUGGUGUACAUGAUGUACCUCAGCUUUGACGGGACCGCGUCAAUAAAUAUAUCUACACAUAGGUAAGAAAGGAGCGGCUUACGUAAAUUACAUGACAAAAAACUACAAGCCCGAUUUCACGUACCAAGAUUUUGGUCCACAGUUCACUGCAGAGUUCUUCGACCCCGUGCAAUGGGCUAGCAUAAUCAAAGACUCCGGGGCAAAAUACGUAGUACUGACCACUAAACACCACGAAGGAUACACGAUGUGGCCGUCAAAAAGAGCGUUUGGAUGGAACUCCGUAGACGUCGGACCACACAGAGAUCUAGUAGGAGAACUGAGCAGAGCCGUGAGAAACUUAAAUUCUACUAGGUUUGGUGUGUACCAUUCGUUAUACGAGUGGUUUAACCCGCUUUGGGUGCAAGACAAACAGUCCAAUCUAACUACCCGUACUUUUGUGACCGAGAAAGUUCUGCCGGAACUUUACGAAUUGGUGAACAAUUAUAAGCCAGAAGUCAUAUGGUCGGAUGGCGAAUGGGAAGCACCAGCCACUUAUUGGGAUUCGUUGAAUUUUCUCGCUUGGUUGUACAACGAUAGCCCCGUGAAAGACACAAUCGUUGUGAACGACCGUUGGGGGACUGAUACGCUAUGUAAACACGGUGGAUAUUUGACUUGUGCAGACAGGUAUCAACCAGGAAAGAUAGUUGGCAGAAAAUGGGAAAACGCUAUGACGAUCGAUAAGUAUUCGUGGGGCUACAGAAAAAAUGCUCGAGCAUUAGAUGUGUACACCAUUCAAAAUCUAAUCACUCAGUUGGUGGAAACAGUUAGCUUUGGAGGUAAUCUGUUAUUAAACAUAAGCCCAACUAGUGAUGGCAUGAUUCCGCCGUUGCACGAAGAACGCUUGUUACAGAUCGGUCAAUGGUUAUCCGUAAACGGUGAAUCUAUUUACAACAGUCAGCCGUGGUCAAAGUGCCAAAAUGAUACUUACAAUUCAUAUUUGUGGUUUACUCAAGGAAAUAAUCCGGCAAUAAUUUAUUCAAUAUUCAUGCAAUGGCCCAAAGAAAAUAAGCUUAACUCUGAAUGUCUGGAUAAGUUAAAUAUUGAAUCUGUGAUUAUGUUGGAAACCCAGAGUAAACUAAAUUGGAAACAUCGAUCAAAAGGUGGUUUGACAAUUAAGCUUGAAGAUAGAUCUAGAAUAAAAGGAAAUUGGGGUUGGGCUCUGAAAAUAACUAUGAAACUAUGAAAAGAGUUUUUGAGAAUUUUAUACUAUUAUGC